CCCGAAUCCCACUGAUAUUUCCCUGGCCCGAGCUGUCAAUCAUUUCUGCGAGUGACGUCACGAGGGAUUUGCGACAAUGUCAAACGUCGCUGCGUGCAUCUGUUCAGCGUCCAAUCGCCAGACUCCGUUUAGCGUUUAGGUCGUAUUGCGUAGUUCCACAUGUGUUCGAGGAGCAGGUGAACGCAGUUGAGUCACAAUGACCCGUUAUUCUGAGGGAUACGGAACCGAGGAGGAGUGCGUUCUGUCCGACCCUCAGGGCGAAAGCGACGCCGACGCCGACAUUGAGGACGCCGACUACUCCAAGAGCCCGGGUCGCUGCAGAGAAUCAGCUCACGGCGCCGCAAACGUCAACGUCUGGCUCGGCAGGACACCACUGAGAGCGAAGAUGACGGCAGCCUCAGUCACGCCUCGCAUCGGUGGAAUCUGCGGCUCAGUCCGGACAGGACGCACAGCCGCACCAUCCUGGAAGAAAGUAUCUCACAAGUGAGGCCCCUCGUCAUCUCCAGGUCCAGUGCGAACAAGCGGACAGAAGCGGAACCGCGGACGUGCGGGUGGGCGCCGCCCCUAGCGCCCCCACUGGUUGUCCUAUUGCUCGCGCUCGCAGCCGCCAUCGCGUCCUUCCUGCUCCCGUGGGUCAGAACCUGAUGAGACGAGCAGAGAGUCCAAUAAGCUCAAGCACAAACACUUUAUUUUUGUCUCUGCAUCAAACAUCAGAACGUUGACGUGUCUUGGACGCCGGUUUUGGUCUCACCUCCUUUUCAAAAUAGAUGCGCACUCCCAACAAUGAUGACUAUGCAACUCCUUGGUUUCGACUGUGCCAGUUGAUACAGUUCUGAAGAACGCCCCCGAUGUCCUUGUCGCCGUCUCAGCUCCGCCCCCCACCCUCUUGUGGAAGCACAAUCAGACCCGAUUUGAAAAGCAAUAGCAGACGUGCUUCGAACUUUCUAUACCAUCGUAUACACCGGGUUCAUCCAAUUUAAUACCGCCUGCUGGAAAAUCCAUUGUUGGAAGCUAAACUGUGAUUUUAAUCAUCAUUUCAGUCUUUCAAUAAAAUGACUUUUUUUAAAUUUGACUUUGUGUUAAUAAUGACUUCCCAAAAAUGAACAUAACUAUCCUAGUAAUAGAUCAAAUGAGACUGUGUCUGUGUACCUAAUAAAAUGGCCAGUGAGUCUAUUUACAGCCAGUGUCGAAGUUGACAAACAUGUGGCCUUGAGAGCUGCGAGACUGUUGACAGCCUUCCCCGGUCACAAACUCCUUCAAACCACAUCACGUUU